GCAUGCGCCGGAUGUGUUUGCGGAAGUGAGCGGCGUGGCAGGAGGUGGCUACCAAAUGAUAAGGCACGUUUUUUUGACGGGACCGCCAGGUGUGGGUAAAACCACUUUGGUCCAGAAGGCGUGUGAUGCGCUUGUGUCCUCGGGACAGGCAGUGGAAGGCUUUUACACGGAAGAGGUCAGGGUUGGAGGCCGCAGAGUGGGGUUUGAUGUGGUCACAUUGAAUGGAGAAAGAGGCCACCUGUCCAGAAUCAGAGACAUAGUGGGGGAGUCUCAUGGCAGAAGGGAGUACACAGUUGGACAGUACGUUGUGGAUUUACCUUCAUUUGAACGCUUGGCCCUCCCACUCUUCAAAAAGGUGGGCUCGGAUGAUGGGACCGGCAAGAAAGUUUUUGUCCUUGAUGAGAUUGGAAAAAUGGAGCUCUUCAGCCAGUCAUUCAUCAAGGUGGUGAGACAGACAUUAGACUGCUCUUCAUGCACCAUCUUGGGCACCAUCCCCAUUCCUAAAGGGAAACCGCUUGGCCUGGUGGAAGAGGUGCGGAUUAGGAGUGAUGUCAGGGUAUUCACUGUGUCAAGGGAAAACAGAAAUACCAUACUACAAGAUAUUUUAUCAGUACUUCACGAGUGUCUAAAAUAACAAAGCUAACACAAGAAAAACAACUCUUAAAAGGUAAAGAUGCAAUUAUAUUGAAAAGUGUUUUUUUCUAAAAGUAGUGCAGUAUAACAGGGUUGUGACCUGAUCACCCAGCUGUUCAAUGAGCACACAUUCUUCCAUGUUUUGCACUGUGCCAGCUCAAAAAUGGAUUCUGUGCUGAAAAAUUAAUCGAUCACACAGCGUCUUACCUUGUGUUGUCAAAGAACAGUUGUCAAACUAUUCAUAUACAUGUGUAAUUACCCUUUAGACUUUAAGCAAUUAAAGCCAAUGUGCCAGAUGUCCUUAUUAAUGUUAAAUAUACGUACAUAAAUAAUAUUUAAUAUCCAAUUAACACACAGUCUGAUUUCUAACAUUUAUGGUUUAUUCUGUAGCUAGUAAGAAAAAAUAAAGUUUUAUUUCCAGUUGUGUUGAAGUUAUCACAUUUCUUAUUACUGGUUACUAUAAACUAGUUUUAUUCUCAUAUGUUGCACGUAUGAUGACAGAAGAUAAUGUGGUGCAGAACACAAAUCAUAAUUUUGUUUACAGCAGUACUUCACAGGCAAAUAUGGGAAAAAGUUACCAUUGGUCUCCCUUAUGUUAAGGCGUGAUGAAUGUAACCCAUGUGUCACUUAUGUAUUACAGUUACAGAACUUAGAAACAUCAAUUAUGAUUACCCAUUAAUUAUAACACGUUAGAUCAUAGAUUGAUAUAAAUUCCACAAGUCAAAAUUAACUAUGUGAUCAACUUAAUGUGCCACUAACUUUACUGAAUAGUGGUUGCACUAGAUACGGAAUGGCUUUGUAACCCCACUGAACCCCCAAAAUACAGUAAAACUGGGAUUUUGUACUUCGGCCUUGAUCAUUAUGUGGUUUCAUUCCAUAUGGUCUCAGAUUACUGUUAAGGAUAAAUAUUAUUACUGACUUUUAGAGGAUUUUGGAGUUAUCAGAUUGUAUUGAUGUUGGAUUUAGUUUGUUGUCACAGUUUAGAGUUCUAAUGGGUAGCAUAUAUGCAAAGUGAGGACUGUAAAAUUUUAAGAAAUAAUCCUCUGUCAACAAUGUGUGUGGUGUGUGUUUGUAUUAGAGCUGGUACUAAAACAUAUUUUAUUUGCAGAUUAGAUUCAUACGACACAGAACCUUUGUCAGUACACAAUGUCCUGGUACACGAGUAUUUGAGUACUCUCUUUUGAAUGACUGUUUCCAGUUGUUUAUCAGAAAGAGAAAAAUGUGCACUUUGUGCUGAAAUGUUUUUCACCAAUUUAUAAGCAAUACUGUUCUGAAAAAAAAUCUAUCCUAAAAUGGUACUUUAACUUUGGGUCAUUUCAGUUUUGGCCAGGAAUAUAUACGUACAGUGGGGAGAACAAGUACUGUAUUUGAUACACUCACAAUGGGAAAACCCAUUGGUCUCCCCACUGUAUAUACAUACUGUAUGUAUAUACAGGUAGUCCCCGGUUUACAAACGAGUUCCGUUCCUACACUGGUGAUGUAACGCGAAUUUCCAAGUAAGUCGGAAUUAACCCUUUAAGUACCCCUUAAUAAAUCAAAAUAACUAUCCAAAAGUGGCAUUAUAGGUCAUAUUAAUAAGAUAAAGAAAAAAAUAAGAUACUGUGAGGUAUGUUGUGUUAAAUGUUUUUAUAUUCAAUGACUAUUCAGGCUUUUAAAUAAAACUAUUCAGGCUUUACUCGAGAGUGAGUCGCCUUGCUGAGAGAACGGAGCUGUGGAAAGAGUAGGGAGGCGAGAAAGUGGGGAUAUCUUGGCCGCUCAGGUCGCCAGUGGUGCCUCUCAAUGCGAGCCAGCCAUCCGAACUUAAAAAAACGGAUCGGGACUCGCUUGAGGAAUCGGCGCUGGGGGGGAAGCAACAACAUGAGAACAAGGAAGUUGGAACUGCAGGACGGCGGCAACUGCUGUGGGAAGAGGAGAUCCUGACAUGACGAACAGCAACAGGAACUAUAGGUACUGUUUACGCGACUAAAAAAAAACGACUGGAGACAGAAAGGUGGACGAAACUCUGGCAUCGUAAAGUUUAAAUCACGUAAAUCUACAGUAGCAGGUACUGUAUAUAAGGUAUUUACUCAUCUAAACUAUAGCUUUCAAAGGCCUUGUUUGAAUCAAACAAACUUCCGUCUUGUGUGAGCAUUUAUUCGGUAGAUCGGAUUGAAGUUUUACAGUUCUGGUACUUGCCCGGUCACUUCAAAGUGAAGCUAGAGUUUUGACUUAUUUUUAAUAUUGGUUGUGUAACUGACGUAAGCUAUCAGGCCAGCUGCAGUGAGAGUAGCCAGCUGUGAUGUGCGUCAGACAUGCUGCUGCGCCAGCAUCUGCUCGGUGGCCACAUAUGACAUGGCUGUCCAUUAGCUGGCACUUUAAAGCAGUGUGGCAAUGGUGCCGCUUCUCAGCUUCCAUUGCAGUAUGAUAGUUAAUGUGUUUUUUUGGGCACAGAUUUAACAGGCAAUUGGAGUUGAAGCAUUCAACAGUGUGGUGAGAGCUGCUGCUCCUGAUUGGCAGGUUUUAAAAACGCAGCAUGGUAGUAGACGGAUUAUGUACAAGUGACGCUGACUUUUUGCAGGUUUUUCCACAUAAGAGCUGUGUGGAUACUUUAGCUGUGCCAUUAUGCAAUGUGGACAAGCAAUGAUCUAAACAAACUGAUCGAAACGCAAAACACUCAUCAACAUCAUCUUUCAGAUUUUGUUUAAAAAACAAAAAAAGAAAUCACUAUUUGUGGAACACUUGUGAUUUUUUUUUUCCACCCACAUGUGCAGUUUAACAUAAGAAAAGCCUCAUGGCCUGCCAGGCUUUCAAUCACUUGGAGAAACCCUGGAGUUAUGUUCAUAAUUGUUUGUAUUCACCACACAUUCCUCCUCAUCUUAUACUCUUUAAAUACAUUCGAAAACACUCAAGUUCAUACAUAUUGUAGGCCUCAGCUCAUCCGCACCUCUAAUGCAGUGAAGGAAGAGCUUUUCGGAUUUCAUUCUUGAGUGUUUUACUAGGUUGAAUUGUAUUAAAUGCAUCAUUCGUUGUCUCAAAAAGUCAUAUAAAAAAAAAUAAUAAUAAUAAUAAUAACUGACCGCGUAGUUUUUGAGUAAUGGCCAUAGCAACACCUUAGCAACGAGGGACGCGCCGCCCUGCCGACCGCUACCUGAUGACGUAACUUCCAGGGGGCCUAGCCACCACUCUGAACACGGAAAUAUAGACCCUACUCACCUACGUCACAAAAUGGGCGUGUCGCUGUUUCCGGCCGCCAUAUUGUACCUCUUUUUUAGACCUAUUCUCAUUGUUUUCAAUUAGUCGAGCAAGUUAUAGAACAAUUCAUGGAAGCCCCGGUGUUAUCUGACGCUGUAAACUCAUUGGAUCCGUUGCAUAAAAGGCGUUUCGUGGAAAAGCUUCAGUUUAUCCAUUCGCCAGAUCCGUAUUUGAUGCCUAAAUCGAUGUUUUUCGACCCGCUGGCUUCGCCUGACAUCUGAUAUCCUGAUAUUUACAACUAUCUUGUCCACACAAAUUAGCCUAUUCUCACGAAAGUUUGAAAAACUUCAAGAGCUUGGAGGCUUAUAAAUGCUACGUUGCUGGUUGGGUGAAACACUUCCUCGUACACGAAAAUUCGGCAGGAAUCUUGUGCUCGGAAGGUGAGUUACGAAAUUUUCAAUUCAAAAUCUUUUGUUCUUGCUAACAUCCACUGUCAAGUCUAAUGUAUUUCAUGUCAUUUGUCAAUGGAGCUAGGGCUUUUAAUGUUUAUAUGGUUUAGCGAUAGCACUCACUACAUACAUACGUGUAUGUUGUCGGCGAUUAGCCUAGCAAUGAUCUUAAUUGUGGUUGUCAGCCCAAAACCCUCUAAAUAUAUAUUAAAUGCAUCUUACCAGAUAUAAAAUGACUACUACAUAAUCUGUGGUAGUCGUUUGGAGCCCAGUUUUCUCGUCGAAUUGCAGCAGUCAAUCGCGGUCUCCUCUUCGGGUCUCUCGGAAUACGGUAAAAAUUCAAGUCUCUCCGUCUAUCUUCUCUGUUUUUGCAACCGACCGCCACACACGACUUCACCAUUUUGAUUGUUUAAUGUUAACGAGCAGAAAAACACGCCAUAAUAGGAGGAAUUUACGAAGCGCUAAUGCAUUAACAUGACUAGUAUCCGGACAACAUGGCACGGGGGCGUGGCUGUGACGUCACGUGAGUAGGGUCUAUAGCACCACGCUAUCCUCACCAUCUAUUGCAAACAUUUUCUGGGUUUUAGACACGAGAUUUGUCAUGCCAUCUUGAUGUGUAGCAAUGAAUUGCUCAUAGGAAGACUCGAGACUCUCUGGCCAUGUCCACACAAAGCAGUUUUU